GCCGGUUCUACUAGAGGUAUCUUGUGCUCGGUUGUGAACUUCCUACUAGCGAGGAUUCGUUGUAACCCGCGUGUUACAAUUCCGGUGUAGUCGUCAAAGAUGUCAACUGAAAACAAUUCCUCCCAAUUCUCUCUCAAGUCCAUCUUAGAGAAGGACAAACUGAACCACUCCAACUUCAUGGACUGGCACCGCAACUUGAAAAUUGUUCUCAAGGCGGAGAGCAAACUGUAUGUUCUUGAAACGCCAGUCCCUGAUGAACCCAUCAAUCAGCAAACUGUUGCAUAUAGAAACUAUGCAAAGCACUUUGAUGACUCUAUGAAAGUCUCAUGUUUAAUGUUAGCAUCCAUGAUUCCUGAACUUCAAAGGACCAUGGAUGACAAGAUGGCAUAUGAGAUGAAUGAGCACCUGGUUGAAAUGUUCCAACAGAAGGCUCGUCAUGAGAGGUUUGAUGUGAUGAGAUCACUCAUAACCACUCGUAUGCAAGAGGGUACAUCAGUUAGCGCUCAUGUGCUAAAAAUGAAGGCAUAUGUUGAUCAUUUGGCUCGUCUGGAAUCCCCCUUGAGUGAUGAGUUAGCUGGGGAUAUCAUCCUCAACUCAUUACCUAAGUCAUAUGAUCAGUUCACUAUGAACUACAAUAUGAAUGGGAUGGAGAAGACACUUGCAGAACUGCAUCAGAUGCUCAAAACUGCUGAGGUGAAUAUACCCAGCAAGACUGCACCAGUGCUGAUGAUCAAGGAGGGUUAUGGAAGGGCAAAGGCAAAUUAG